UUGUCUGCAUAGAAUGACUCUGUUAGGUAGUCACUAUUGUAGGUGGUGGAUGUCAGGCAUACAGUUAAUGAGGUUUGCAGACAGACACAGAGACAGACAGAUAGAUAAAUAGACAGACACAUAGACAGACAGACAGACAUAUAGACAGAUAGACAGACAGACACAUAGACAGACAGACAGACACAUGGACAGACAGACAGACAGACAGACACAUAGACAGACAGACAGAUACAUAGACAGACAGACAGACACAUAGACAGACAGACAGACACAUAGACAGACAGACAGACACAUAGACAGACAGACAGACAGACAGACAGACACAUAGACAGACAGACAGACAGACAGACACAUAGACAGACAGACACAUAGACAGACAGACAGACAGACACAGACAGACAGACACAUAGACAGACAGACAGAUAGACAGACAGACAGACAGACAGACCCCGGAUGAAGCAUGGCUUGUCGAUGAAGCAUGGCUUGUCGCUGAAGCUUGAGUAGUAAUUCCAUUACCACCCCUGGUCAGUUUUAAGCUUGUCGUUAACGCUGUCUUGUCCCUUCGUUCGAUGUCGGGCACUCUACAGCGAGUUCUCUGCCACAUCCGGCAAAAUCAUGGAGAUCAAGAGCUCUGCGAGCAAUUCGUCAGGCAGUGGAAUCUUCAGCAAUGUCAUUCGUGUCAAAAGUGGUAUUCUAAGCUUGGCCAACACACAUCGAAAUGUAAGACAGUGAUGGACUCCAUCCCAAAAGUCAAUUGAGAAUCCAUUGUCUCAGGCCAAGGCGCCAUUGUUGUCUAACUUGUCACCUACGGUGGGGAAUGUUGCAGUUCCAAUCAUAGCAGAGGCGCUUUCUAGUCGGGAUCCAGCAGGAUGUUGGUGGAGGACAUACUUGGCAUGCCCCCUGUUAGGUCAGUGCAAUCCAUCCGCAGUGGAGUUAAAGCAAUGUUUCAAAGCUGUUGUGUGAUUCCUCUGAAGAGAAUCAGGGUAAAUGCUUAUGAUGAAACUGCGUGGAAGUUGCUGUUUCUCAUUCCCCGGAUGGUAGUCUCCCCUCUGGCAAGAGGAGGCAAGAAGAAAGGUGGUAACAUUAAAGAAACUUACAGGAGAUUCUUUGCUUACCAGUGGGAGGAGUUACUAUGUAACAUUGAUUUUCCAGCAGGUCAUCAGGAACGUCAACCCUCAAAGGAACCAACUAGUAAGGGGGUUGAAAAAGCAGCACUACAGUUGGUCAAAUGUGGAGAAAUAGCUAGAACUGCAAAGGUGUUGAUGAGUUCUGGUCUUGCACCAGCAUCAGAAGAAACAGCAAGAAAGCUAGCAGCCAAGCAUCCUGCAAGAAGUGUUAGUGCUGAGAUUGAUCAUGAGGUGAGCUCGAACACAACGACAGAGGCCAUUAAUCUUGAUGAAGUCAAUUUGUUUAACGUGGUCAAACGACUUCCUAGAGGUUCUAGUGCUGGGCCUUCUGGAUGAGGUAUGAGCACAUCCAGGCUCUUUCAAACAGCCUCAUUACUUCUGAUCAUUUGCAUGCUGUGUGUGCAGCUAUAGCAUCAGGAUCUCUGCCAAUAUCGAUCCGGCCACUUCUCUCAUCAUCUAGAUUAAUUGCUCU